AUGAAGCUUUCUCUACUUCGCAUCAGCCUAUGGCUGGCUGCUUUCUCUUGUGUUACUGCCAAUUUCGAUGUUUAUAUGGUGGAGCGAACCAUUGUCACCGAUGUCGGAGUUUCGAUCAAUAAAGUCUGGCAGGUUUUCGAGGCCGAGCCAAAGAACUGCGACGAAGUUUUCGCCGCCAAAACGUUUGUUAAUAGCGGCGAUGUCAGUGGGACAAAGACCGGUGUCCGCUGUGCAGGAAGUGGUUGUGAUUACAAGCCUCCACCAGGAAACAUCGAUGUCUUAGAGAUGAACUUCCAUGGAACCGACCCGGUUUACCACUGGACCCUAUAUAAGGAUCGAGGCUGGACGAUGGUGGGAUUGGAUGGCAACACCUACGGAGACUGCAUUGUGUUUCCUAAUGGUGAUUACAACUGCCAUGACAGCAUAUAUUACUUCCUCGAAGGGUAUAGGAAGUUUCGGUGCCUGACGAAGUUCACGGCGGGCGACCUUAACUGA